AUGCAUACUCGUGGGAAUCAUAUGGAGAACCUCAAAAAACCAAACCGACUUGAUACAAUGGACAAAACAAACGCAUCGGAAAACAGCAACAAUGGAGAAUAUGGAAAACUUAAAUACAAAUAUGGCAUUAGGAACACCUUAGAGAAAGCGGGGUCGUCUACUUCUACUGAAAAGGUAAAUUUUUCUCGUAGUUACGAUUUACAAUAUUUCCAACACAAUUUUUCUUCUAAAUUCGUAGAUGUUUAUUGUGUAUGCACUAUGCAAACUUAA